CUCAAUCUGUCACCUCAAAGGUCGGCCGUCCGAUUUGGGGAAACUUUAAACCUGGAGGCCCUCUCCGUAUCCUUUCGGGGUGCGUCCUGAUCUCCGCCGGAAACGGCGGCCCUCGCGUCCAUCCUUUUCUUCUUCUGAUAUGACCUAACCCCAUCUCCCUUUCUCCUUCAUUCGCUCUCUCUUUCUCAACUCUCCGUCUCUCUCUCUCUCUCUCUCGAAGCCUCCUGCCAGGAGAGGUCUUCUUCUUCUUUGAGGGUGUUGUGGAUUUGAGGGAGGGAGAGGAUGGAGAUGGCGCAGGGAAAGAGAGGAAGGGGCACGGUGAAGUGGUUCAACUCGCAGAAGGGGUUCGGGUUCAUCACGCCGGAUGACGGCACCGACGACCUGUUCGUCCACCAGACCUCUAUCAGGUCGGAGGGAUUCCGCCUUCUCUCCGAAGGAGAUCCCGUCGAGUUUGAGGUCGAAACUGGGGACGACGGCAGGACCAAGGCCGUGGAUGUCACCGGGCCGGAUGGCUCUCCCUUGCCCAGCGGAGGGGGUGGAGGUGGUGCUGGAAGGGGUUUUGGUGGUAGUAGAGGUUGGGGAAGCGGCGGUGGUGGGUAUGGUGGUGGUUACGGCGGUGGAAGGGGAGGACGGGGUGGAAGAGGCGGAGGACGCGGUGGUGGUGGUGGUGGCUAUUAUGGUGGUGGUGGUGGCGGUUAUGGCGGAGGUGGUGGCGGUUACGGGGGAGGUGGUGGCGGUUACGGGGGAGGUGGUGCUGGAGCUUGCUACACUUGUGGGCAGCCGGGUCAUUUGGCGAGGGACUGCAACCAAGGGAGCGGUGGGAGAUCUGGUGGCGGUUAUGGAGGCGGCGGCCGUAGCGGCUGCUUUCAUUGCGGGGAGCCGGGGCAUUUUGCGCGUGAAUGCCCGUCUGGCCAGAACUGAAGCAAACUCUGGUACUUCGUGAUCCGGCCAUCCAGCGGAACGACUAAGACUGGUGCCUCCAUGCUGACUUUUCAGGCCGAUUUCGCACCCGUGGAACCGAGGAUCAGACGUGCCUUGUGUUUAUGUUUCGUGAAUUAGUGCUCUUUCUCUUUUUCUCUCUCUCUAUGUCUCUUCUCGGAUUUGCUUGACGUCAGGUUAGAAUGAAUGGUCCACUUAAAAGUGGUGAUGAAUUACACCAGCUACAGAUGAGAAGAGUGGCGUUGAUUCUCUUCGUUUCACUCUUCCCUGCUCCUGUGAGGUAGUUCCCUUUUUCCUUCCAUUCUGUUUGCUGUUUCGGUUAACUCAUUCUCUCUUUUUUGGGGGUUUUAUGAUGUGGUCAAAGAAAGAUCGAUUUCAUCAUACAUGGAUUUUGCUUGUGAAGGACCAAGUAUGGAUAGAAUGAAAAUCGUGUGUCUCUAUCUAUUUA